UUUGUAGAUUUCAACGUGGCGAGGCAAGCGCCCCCUGAUUUUCUGGGAUAAUUUGAACACGGCGACACGUCAACUUAAUUGUAUAAAUCCGCCUCGGCUGAACCCGGCCUUUCUCAAAAGGUUCCUCUUCAAACACCUCGCUCUCAAUUAUCAGCCUCGUUACUCUUCAUCAUGGGUCUUUCAGUUUCCCGACUUCUUAGCACCCUUUUUGGGAAGAAGGAAAUGCGUAUCCUAAUGGUUGGUCUCGAUGCUGCCGGUAAGACCACCAUCCUGUACAAGCUCAAACUCGGCGAGAUCGUCACAACUAUUCCAACCAUCGGUUUCAACGUCGAGACCGUUGAAUAUAAAAACAUUUCAUUCACUGUGUGGGACGUUGGUGGACAAGAUAAGAUUCGUCCAUUGUGGAGGCAUUACUUCCAAAACACUCAGGGAAUUAUUUUCGUCGUCGAUUCUAAUGAUCGUGAACGUGUGUCUGAAGCCCGAGAGGAGCUGCAGCGCAUGUUGAACGAGGACGAACUCCGUGAUGCUCUACUCCUCGUUUUCGCCAACAAGCAGGAUCUUCCGAAUGCGAUGAAUGCCGCUGAAAUCACUGACAAACUGGGGCUCCAUGGCUUGAGGCAGAGGACGUGGUACAUCCAGGCUGCGUGCGCGACAAGUGGGGAUGGGCUGUACGAGGGUCUCGAAUGGUUGGCAACCAACAUCAAGCGACGUGUUUAGAGCCAGUCAAUUAUUGGCAUCCUUUUUCGCCUCAAUAGUGAUUUACUGUCCAUGGGGUAUCGGUCUCAAGCGACAGUUAGUCCCGACGCUAAAAGGAUCACGGCCACUUGUUUCUUCAUGUUUUUACCUUGUCUCUCGAAAUUCACGUUUCUCGCACCAUAUUUAUUGUGGAUUUGAGCCUGGACGCUUCAUCGUUAAUCAAGUUAGACAUUUUCUCCAAGAUGCCACCAAAGGUCUUGAUUAGCAUGGGAUUGUAAAUUCGAUGGAAUGGUCAACAAGUCCACACAACGGAAGGACCUGGUACCUGCCCAAUGC